GUAAAUUAAUACACACUUGUGCUUAUUAUGCUGUUUGCUAUCUAAUACUAAUAUCUUUGCAGUUUAUGUGAUAUAUUUAUUAAUAUGUUAUUUUAGUGUUUUGCCUUAUGGCAUACAUACAAUGAAUGGGUGAUGUUAGCUGAAUAAAGAAAUGCUGUUUUAGCUAUAGCACUGCCAUGUUGUAUUGAUCUUAUGAUCACUAUAUUAUCAUUUCCAGCUUUCCAUUGUUCAGUAUUUUCAAGUUGGCACCUAAUUCUUAGAAUCUUCCAAGAUUUCACUUGGGUAUUUAUUAUGCAUGGCCACUAUGAGUGAGAAAACUUUAUACCUUUCAGUUUUGGUUAGAUGAAAUAACUGUUUCUUUUCUAAUUUAUAUUUGUGCCAUAGAAUUAUAUGUUAAUAAAUGAGGAAAAUAAAUCACAAUCCAUCAAAGUACAAUUAUUUUGGCUCAUAAAAGAGCAUAAAAGAGAACAUUGAAAAUCUUUAACUGUUUACUGACUAUUGCUCUGUAUCAUUUAUAACUCAUACUGAUUCCCUCAAGUUGGAAACAUGUACAGAAACUGUCUCAAUGGUUGUAGAAGUCUUUUACAAACAUCAAGAAAAUUUGUAAAUUUCUAAAAAUGCCCUACAUACUCUGAAGGUCUCAGUUAAUUUACAGAAAUAUAUCAGAAGGAAAGUGUCUAUUUUUAUUGAAGAGAUGGCUUAGUGGAUAAGAAUUCUUGCUUUGCAGGCAUAUGGACAUAACUUCAGAUCUGUGCACUCUCUCUCUCUCUCACACACACACACAAAGCCAAGCUGGGGUGCAUGUGCUUGUAACCCAAACAUUGGAAGCAGAAAUAGAUAGAUGAUUUCCCGGUCCUGAUGGGCCAACCAGCAUACCUGAAAUGGUAAACUUCCAGUUCAGUUAAAGACCCUGGUCUUAUGGCAGUAAGACAGAGAGCAAUAGAGAAAAAUACCCAAUGUCCUUUUUUCUCCCUCCACGUGCAUGCUUAUGGUCUGGCAGUCCUUGCAUGCACCACACACACAAUAAAUUCAAGCUAAAAAAAGCGUGACUAAAAUUCUAAGCAUUUAUAAUGAUGUGCAGAAAUUAUUCAUUUGCUCAUAUUUUGUCACUGUUAGUUUUCUGUGUGGCAAUGUUUGUCAGUGCAUGAGCGUUUUAAAAUAUAUUGCAUAUUAUAUUAUUGUGUUGUAUUAUAUUUAUUAUUAUAUAAUAGGUGAGCAUGAAAAAUGGUUUAAUAGAUAAAAGCACUUGCUGCCUGAGCCUGGUGACUUGAUAUUGAUUCCUGAAACCCACAUAAAGAAGAAAGAAAGAAUUUCCUCUAUAAAGUUGUUCUCUACAUGUCAUGCACACACACACACACACACACACACACACACACACACACACACACACACUACCCUCACUUCAACUCAUAUAAUCAAAUAAACAAUUAACUGAUAAUCUGUAGUGCAAACUCUGAGAUUUCUUGGCAAGAUUCCUUUUGUGAGGUUGGGUAGGGAAUGGAGAAUGAUCAACGGUCUUACUGUGAUGUUCAAACAUUCGUAUUGUUCAAUUUAUAUUGUACAUGUUAGUAGAUUAAAGCAAAUCUUUUGCAUUUGUAAAAACUCACUCUUUGAAAAAAGAGAACCCACGAACAUACAUGCUGAUGCAUCUCCAUCGUAAAAAUGGCUGAGACAGAAGACAAGAAAACAAAACGAAACAAACAGAUGUUUACUCUUGCCCUUCCCACACAGGCCCCUUGGAAGUAAAAGCUGCUAUUGGUUCAGUAUGUUUCAUUUUAGUGCAAAAUUUUAGCUAUUUCUAAAUGUGUAAUCUGUCGGAAAUAUUUUUGUAAUUGGGGUCACAAUGCACAUUCUUCUAGCUGGGUUGGAGGGGAUCAACAUUCUUUGUAAUUAAGGAGAUUUGCUUACAUGGUCUAGAUGUCACAUUGUUUUCUUCUCUCACACUCACCCAAGUAGCUCCAAGUACUAGCCAGUGUGCUAUCACUAGGUUUCUCUCACAUUCUUCACAGUUCUUGCGACGAAUGGGGACCUUACAUGUGAGAGCAUCAACUACUUCUUUAAAGUCGUUUUGUAUUUCAAGCAAAGAAAUAUUGCCUCUUAAAAUGGAAAUAUUUUUUCUGGGAUAGAUGUUUCAUACCAACAGCGGAGUAAAUAUUAGACAUCUCUAAGUUCUUUUACUAAUACUGGCUUUUCCUUUUGCUCUUGAGCUUUUGUGUCCUUCCUGCCUUCCGUCUUCAUCGCUCACAUUUUGCACCAGGUUUGGUGGUGAUCAGUGUAAUUGUAUCACGUUGUCGUCUAGGGCAUUAUGAGACAUUUAGAAAUAGCCCUGGGCGCUGCCUGCUUGAUGCUAGGAGAAAUUGCUUGGGUGGUACAAUGCAGAAUGUCUCCUGAAGUUCUCAAUACGUCAGAUCAGCAUCUCCAAAUGCUCUCGGACCAUCUCCUAUGUUCCCGGUGGGAGAGGAACAUGGAACACUUACUCAGCUAAAGAAUUAGGGUUAAGUAGUAUUUAGGAACUCACAAUAAUUUUCUAAAACUUAUUUCUCCCGACCAGGUCAUAGUGUAAUUAAAAUUGUCUUAAAUACAAGUCUAAAGUCCAUUUAAACAUUGUUGACCCAGAUUUACAAAACAAAAUGUUUUUCAUUAAAAAGCACUGACUCUUUUUUUUUCUUAGUUAGAGUUUUAUUACUGUGAACAGACACCAUGACCAAUGUAAGUUUUAUAAAGGACAACAUUUAACGGGGGCUGGCUUACAGGUUCAAAGGUUCAGUCCAUUAUCAUCAAGGAGGGAGCGUGGCAGCAUCCAGGCAGGCAUGGUGCAGGAGGAGCUGAGUUCUACAUCUUCUCCCAAAGGAAGCCAGGAACAGACUGAGCAUCCUCAGGCAGCUAGGAGGAGGGUCUCCAAGCCCAAAAGCACUGACUCUUAAAAAUGGAGGAGUAUUCCUCUUUCUCUACAUCCUUGCCCGCAUGUUCUGUCACCUGAGUUUUUAAUCUUAGCCAUUCUAGUUGGUGUGAAAUUGUUUUGAUUUGCAUUUCCUUGAUCACUAAGGACUUUGAACAUUUCUUUCAGUGCUUCUCAGGCAUUCGAGAUUCCUGUUGUGAAUUCUCUGUUUAGUUCUAUACCCCAUUAUUUGCUUCGGUUUGGUUUUUUGGAGGUUAGCUCCAUGAGUUCUUUACAUCGUUUCGAUAUUUAGCCCUAUAUUGGAUGUGGGGUUUGUGAAGAUUUUUUCCCAGUCUGUAGGUUGCUGAUUUGUCCUAUUGACUGUAUCCUUUGCCUUACAGAAGCUUUUCAGUUUUAUGAGUUCCCAUUCUUGAUCUUAGAACCUGAGCCAUUGGAGUUCUGUUUAGUACCUCUUCUUCCCCCCACCUCCCACUCCUUGCCAAUGAGUUUGAGGAUCUUUUCCACUUUCUCUCCUAUUAGAUUCAGUGUAUCUGGUUUUAUGUUGAAGUCCUUGAUCUACUUGGACUUGAGCUUUGUGCAAUGUGACAAAUAUGAAUCUAUUUCUAUUUAUCUAUGUACACACUGUCUAUACCAUUUAUUGAAGAUGCUUUCUUUUUUCCAUUAUAUAUUUUUGACUUCUCUGUCAAAUAUCAAGUGUCCAUAAGUGUGUGGUAUUUAUUUAUGAGCCUUCAAUUUUAUUCUAUUCAUCAACCUGUCUGUCUCUGUACCAAUGCCAUGCAGUUUUUAUCACUACUGCUCUGUAGUGGUGAUUCUCUCAUAAGUUUUUAUUUUUGAGAAUUGUUUAUUAUUAUUACUAUCCUGGAAUUUUUGUUUUUCCAUAUGAAAUUGAAAUUUUUAUUUCCAUGUCUUUGAAGAAUUGUGUUAGAAUUUUGAUGGUUAAUUAACCCCAGGAUAUUUUAUAUUGUUUCUGAAUAUUGUGAAGGGUGGUGUUUCCCUAUUCCCUUUCUCAGCCUGUUUGUCAUUUGUAUAAAGGAAAGCUACUUAUUUCUUAACUUUAUAUCCAGCCACUUUGCUAAAGUUGUUUAGAAGCUGUAGAAACUAAGGCUAGAGUUCAAUAACCACAAAAAUAACAGAAAACCCACAUACCCACGGAAACUGAACAACUGUCUACUCAAUGAUAACUUGGUCAGAGAAGAAGUAAAGAAAGUGAAGACUUCCUGAAACUCAUUAAAAAUGAUGACACAGCAAACUUAUGGGACACAAUGAAUAUGGUGCUAAGCAGAAAAUCCAUAGCAUUAAAUGCCCUUGAAAAGAGACUACAUUAGCAACUUAACAGCACACCUGAAAGUCCUAGAACAAAAGAAGCAAACACACCCAAGUGGAGUAGAUGGCAGAAAAUAGUCAAUCUCCACCAAAAUCAACCAAAUAGAAACAAAGAUUACUAUAAAAAAACUCAACAUUCUGGUUCUUUGAGAAAAUUAAGUAGAUAGAUGAACCCCUAGCCAAACAUAGUAAAGAACACAGACAGUAUUCAAAUUAACAAAAUCAGCAGUGAAAAGGGAGGCAUAACAUCAGAAACAGCCUAUACUCAACAAAACUGGAAAAAUCUAGAAGAAAUGGAUAAUUUUCUAGACAGAUAACUUGUACCAAAGUUAAAUUGAGAGCAGGUAAACUAUUUAAACUGGCCCAUAUCCCCUAAGGUAAUAGAAGUAUUCAUUUAAAACCUCCUAACCAAGAAAUGCCCAGGACCAGAUGGCUUUAGUACAGAAUUCUAUCAGACUUUCAAAGAAGAGCUAAAACUAACAUUACUCAAAGUGUCCCAUAAAAUAGAAACAGGAAGAACACUACCUAAUUCAUUCUAUGAAGCCACAAUUGCUCUGAUAUUUAAACCACACAAAGACCCAACAACAAAAGAGGACUUCAGACCAAUUUCCCUUACGAACAUCGAUACAAAAAUACUCAAUAAAAUUCUAGCAAAAUGAAUCCAAGAACGCGUCACAAUGAUCAUUUAUCAUGAUCAAGUAGGCUUCAUCCCGGGAUGCAAGGUUGGUUCUAUUUACACUUUUUUUAAAAGGAUAAUCCUGUAUUUUCCUUAGCAUUCGUUUUUUGAUAUACAAGUAUAUGGAUUUUAAGUAGGAUAACAUAGAGGAGUUGUUUGAGUUCUUCUAAGACUUGGGAACCUCCUUGAGGGUUUUUUGUGGGGAAACAAUGCAAGCAGAUGAUGUGUAUCCUUGAGUGAUUCCAUCUGGCUGUUGUUUUAUAGAAACGGACUAGCAACAACAAAUGGUAUUGACAAUGAAGCCGCUUCACAAAGUGUUUUCUGUAUUUUACACUUAAUGUGCUUAUUUCUGCCCUUAGUAUAUAUUCAUACUUAAUGAAUUUCCUGUUGACUUAAAAAAUUCUAUUAUGGACUAUUUUUUAAAGAGUUGCCUAUUUUUAGCUGUCUAAAUCACAGGGUUAAAUCACUUCUGGUCCAGGAACAAUGCUUAACUUUGAACUAUAAAUCUGACAAUGGAAUUCAAGCUUUAUAUUCAUUUAAAUGUAUUAUUUUUUGUUUUCAAUACAAUGGUUUAUAAAUUGGUAAUGUCUAAAUUUCCAUUCAUUCUUAAUGAGUGUAAGCUUUAAGAGAUUUGAAAAUGUCAAAUCUUUUCAAAAUAGAAAAAUGAAGUUUUUUUUUUUGUUUCUAAACAAGCUGAAUUCAAGGCAUGUUGUAUAAACCAGUAUUAUAUUCAAUGCUAAUACUGACUCUUUGUAAAGUAAUAAGAUUUAUUUUUUCAUAUACUGGAGAACAAAUACAAUUACUAAAAAUUAAUAUAUUGACAUUACUACCUAUGCCACUAAUGCUGGUGAAUAUGGGAUGCUAAGUAUGUACAGUGUAGUAAUAAAAAUUAUCUUUAUAUUUCUUGCUGUUUUCUUGUAAUAUCUGGGUUUUGCAAAGUUCAAUAUUUUUGUUUGAAUAAGCCAUUUUAUACCUAAAUAUCUUUCUAUUGAAUACAUUAUGAUCUUUUUUCUUAUGUUUUUAUAACUAAAUAAUCUGGGAAGAAAAGUGCAUUGGUUAAAUGUUGGCAAGUCUCAUUGGUUGCAGAAUGAAAGAAUAAAUUUGUUUGAUAUGAAAUUUCUCUUUUUGAGUCAUACAGACUUUUGCUUUUAAAUAGGAUUUUUCUGGAAUAUUGUAAAAUUAUUCUGCUUCAUUAUUUUAGAUAUUACCUACAUUGAUCUCUACUGAAUAUCAUGAAGCCACACUCAUAUAGGACCUUUACACCUCAGAACUCUUCCUUGAGGCUGGAGGGGAGAUUUCUAUUUGUUCUUAGGGGUUACCAAGGGAAUGACAAUACAACCUCCUCUUUUUUUUAUUGGUUUGUGCUUAGUUCAUAAAUUUCAGUACUGGUUCAGGGUUCAGCGGAAGGGGAAAGCUGAAGCUGGUUCCAGCUUGCUUAAUUUUAGAUCUCCUCGGGAAUGUUAUUAAAAAUAGUUCAAGUAUGUGGCUGGGUAUACUACUCAUGGUGACUUAUGAUAAUCCAGACUUAUGGACAUUCCUUUACCAGGUAUUUCUAUAGUUGAGCCUCAUUUUCUUGCAAGGCUGAAAUUCUGUUAUUUCAGCUGUUUCAUGGAGGUUUCUGUGGAAACUAAAAUUUUAUGUGCCCUCUCUCUUGGCUGUCGAUAAUAAAGGUCACAGUUAUUUAACGUAAACUUUCACUGAGGAACAUUAGAGCUAGCCAACUUCAAUUCCCACUCCUUUGUUGACUGCAGUUUUGACCUUGAGUACCUCUCUCCUGGUUGCUUGAAACUUCUCAGUUUUCCUCUCAGCUUUUGCUGUCCUCUACUCCCAUUUCUUGCCAAUCUGAUCCUGUUUCAUUUUGGACAGAAGCCUCUGGAAUCCUGCCUUUUGUCAGGGCCUCUCUGUUCUAUUCCCUCCACCAUCUGCCCUGUCCUUUUAUUUAUUACUCCUGAGCUCUACACAAGCUUCCCAUCCUGUGAGCUUAGGGAGUUUUAUAUUUGCUUUGCAAUACUCACUUCUUUUUUUCCUAAGUUUUCAAACCAUGAAUAUAAGGGCAUUUGCUACACUUGAAGGUUCAACAGCCAUUUUGUCUCCCCAUUAAGCAUCGAGGGUUCUCUUUUAAUUCUCUGCAGAUAGGUACAUAUUUUUCUUUUCCCAGAAAUGCCACUGUAAUUUUUUUGUGGUUUAAUUUAUUUUGUUUUACUUCUUAUGGUUAGAUUACAACCUCAGCCGAUAGGAAAGACUUGUGUUAAAGAGGUAGAUAUAUCUUGUUUCUGAUCUGUUUCUUCUAUCUGCUUCAGAUAGGGACUAUCUUGUGGUAUAAAUUAUUUUUUAGUGUAGGUAUUCCAUUCAUUGUGUGGAAAGAUGUAUGUUAGCAAUAACUAAGAGUUGGAAGAAUAAAUAAGGCUUAUUUAUGGUGGAAUAUUAUUUUAAUACUUAGUUAAUAUCCUGAAGAGUCUCAAUGAUCUUGCCACCCACAGAGAAAUAACUUCCUUAUCCCAAACAUCACAACUCCCCAAAAGCCAUAGAGACACAGCGAGAGAGUUUAUAUGUGGGAAUGGAAUGCAAAAUGCAGGAUUUCAAGAGUAGUUGAUGAUGACUUGUACCUGUGUAUGUGUAGUUACACAUUUAGAACAGAAGGUAUUUUUUUUUUUUUGUUUUCAAGCUUUUAGGAGCCCAAUUAUAGUAGUUAUUUAGAGCUAGUUGGAGUACUUUUUGAAUUUAAUGACAAUUUCUAGUUUUGAAUUGGGAAACUAAUACGGCAAUAGCAGUAGACUACAGUAGCUUUCAGUCUCUUAUUUUUAUUGUUAUUUUUUUGUGAAAUAUUUUCAAUGUAUAACAUUACACAUAGGCAAAAAAACUAAUAAGUUUGCAACUAGAAUACGCACAGUGGCUUACUAACUCAAAUAGCGGAGCCAUAUUAUUAAGCUGAAGAAAGUCCUUAGUAGCUUUUAUAUGUUUCCUGCUUUGGUGAAAAGAGGUAAUAGCAUAGAAAAGUUUUGAGCACUAGAACUUAGCCUAAAGGGCUAACAGCUCAAGCUUGGACUGACAAAAAUUCUAGUGUCGGAAGAAUGCCCUCUCAUGCUGCUCGUGCACCGGUGCUUGAGGUUACUCUGCACACAUUUCUGCAUUUAAUCAGGAAUAAUGCCAUCUCUUAAAUUUUUAGAAGAUAUUAUCACACCUUUAAAUAAUUUUCCUGAGAACAUUCUGAAACUCAACCCUCUAACAAUAACUGCUUGAUGAGUGUAUGAAGGGUCAGCAAACUUUUCAAUGCCCCAUUUUAUGAAAAUUACUAUUCCAAGUUCCUUUUAAAUGACUGCAAUUUUUUUCUUUAAGACAUUGCAUAGAGUAAAUAUGGAGCCUCUGUUUCAUCACCUUAGCCAUUUAAAAUAUGAUUUCAUUUGAGUAGACACACUUUUGCUAACUGAAUUCAAUGACAAGUGUGGAAACAAACGCAGAACUAAUAAAGAUGGAUGCUUUGAUUAGUAUGUAUUUUUCAAAUGCCAGUAGAGAUACUUAAACAUCUUUUUAUGCCAUAAUUAUGCUAUUAAUGUAAUAUAAUAAUGCAUCCUCUCCUUUAUGCUAUCUGAUCUUAUGCACUCAUUCCUCAAUCGCCAAAGAAUCAGGCAUAACAGAUAAACUUUGGAAGCAGCCCUCCAUCAAGUCAUAUCUCCAUUGUGGAAUCUGUCUAUAAUUUCUCCAUUGUUAUUUACUGUUGGACUAUCAUCUACUGACAGUUUAUUUUAGUCAUUGUGGAAUCAGAGGCCUAUGGCCAAAUUUACAAACCUCCAAAUUAGAGAAUCUUACUCCUUCAGCCGGCUGCUUCUAUAAUGCACAGAAGCAUUAGCGCUCUCAGCAGUAACCUUGCAUUUGUUUAAUUUGAAGACCACAGGCAAUUGCAUUGAACACAGCUUCAGGGGAUGUUGUGUACUAUUGUGCAAAGACUUUUUGCUCCAGUCUAUUGUAAAAACAGAAGGGCAAUUGAAAUCAACUGAAGAGAAGACACUUUGGUAUUAAAGGGACCUAUAUUUUCAAUAUAUCUUCUGGGAGACUGGGAGAGCCAAAGUCCCUGUCAGCUCAUUGGUAGUGCUGCAUAUGAAUUAAGGACUUUGACUGAUACAGGUAUAAAAGCCAAGAAGUCAGAAAUAUUUUGUUCUUUAUUCUGGAUUAAUGAUGGGCCACUAUCCUGAGUGGAAGAAGCCUACUACAGCUCAUGAAAUCAUGCCUUAUGAUCUCUGAGAAAACUCUGGAGGUGGACUCUUGACAUACUUUGCAGCAGAGAACAUUGGCAUAGAGGAUAUAAAAGUGUCAUGUCAUAGCCACAACCUUGACAAGUAAUAGAACUGGAACAGUAAAGCAGUUGCCUCUUUGGGGGCAGAUCUCUGAAAGUCUGAGACCCACAGUUUAUACUCAGUCUCUGAAUCGUUAGCAUCCCUGUGUCUCUUUUUCAAAUAACUAAACCAGACAUUUCUGUGGUGAGAAAGCUGGCUGAUGCAUUCAGUAUGUAAUUCAAGAGAAGAGCGUAAUUCUGUGACCCACCCAUCUGUCUCCAUUUUUUGUCUCAAUUCCUAAUUCAAAACACGAUGCAUUUUAAAAUCCAUGAAGUCACCUUGGAGAGCUAGUGUAAGAUCAGAUUUGGGGCUGUUCACAUUGCGUGUUCUCUUACGUUGGAUGUUCUUGAUGAACAUGUAACCAGUAUCUGUAUCAAACUGUAUUGAAGUGGGGAACAUAUCAUAUAAGCUAUCCUGCCAGCAUAGCAAACAAACAAACAAAACAAAACAAAACAAAAAACAAAUGCAAAAAACAAACAAACAAACAAACACAAAGUUAAGACUUUUGGCUUUUUACUCUGUCUAUCUUUGAGAUAGUUUUACUAUGCAGGCAUGAUAGCUUAUGUGGCGUCUAGAGAAACCUCUCCAUAGAGAAGUGUCUAACUGUCAUACAACCAUUAGGAACCACACAUUUUCCAAACAGGCGUCUACUUCACGGUGAAGAUGAAUUCUAGGUUUGAAAUUUAUAUCCUGAGCUUAGCUCUGUAAAGUAAAUGUGUUUCAGAUUGUAUUUCCCAUGUAUCCUUGCUCUCUGCCUAUCUAGACGAAUGUUUGGUUGCCCACUCCUUUCAUUGUUGUUAUUCAGUGAGUUCCUCCAAUUGACAGAACAAGGAAACACUAAUAAAACCUGUGCCCUCGGUACACUUCCAGAAGCAUUGUUGUUCCUUUCUGAGUUGUUUCCUAGUAUAUUGGAUUCAUACUUGCUGACUAAUUUCAAUGAAGAACCCUGCUAAGUGUCUUUGCUAAGUGUCUGUUAGUUCAUUACCUAAGUUUGUGGAAUCCUCAAGGCAGUGCUCCAUGUGAGCUCAGGACUUGUGGCUUUCUAUUCCUUUGUUGCAUUGUUGAGUGCAAUCAUAACUGCAAUUAACCAACUGUAAAAUCUAAAUAACCUUUAAGAAUCUAGUCAGGUGUUUAUGACAGGAGUGUUUUAUUAUUUCGUAUAUCCACCACUGAAGGCUCACCUUUAAUUUUUACCCAAAUCCUGAAAAAGUAAGUCAAAUUAUCUUUGCUUUAUAGAUGAAAAACAUUACAUAUAAAUGAUUAAAAUAGUUUGCCUUUGGAUUACUGACAUGAUUAAGACAUCUGAUUGCUAAGGCUCACCGACCUGCUGUACAAUAAUCCGUCAAUAAACCAAAGUUUUAGCAUAGUCGUUUAUGAUUUGUAUUGAUGCUAGUGCCUUAACUGAGCCUCAGUAUAGCUCAGAGCUGUUCUUCUGAGUCUAAAGUCUUUGGUGGUUUUAGAUACUUUUAGGAAAACCAAUGAUGUGAACACUAAAUGCAGUUUUAUUUCUUCUCUUUCUGUAGCAGAGUUUGUAAUUAUUGCCAAAAAGUCAGAUGUUGGUGACCUUCUGAACUGUACUCUUUGUCCUAUGGAUGGCUUUAGCUUACAAAACCAACCUAGGCUAUUCGGGCUGACACUGUGGUUAGUGCUGAUGACUGAACAGAUGGUGGCCACAAUGUGACUCAGCACAGCUCUUCUGGCCUGGCUGCACACUCAGCAGAUCCACAGUCUGCCUGUGUGUGCAGCUUUGGUCUGUGGUGGAGAGAGAGGCUUAUCUGGAAAGCCAGAGAAAACAAAGCAAGAUGCUAAUGGAGGGUACUGGGCAUUACUGAGCUGAGCAGUUGGGAGUAUCAACAUCAUGAACCGGGCUUUCAGCAGGAAGAAAGACAAAACAUGGAUGCAUAUGCCUGAAGCCUUAUCAAAACAUUACGUUCCCUAUAAUGCAAAGUUUCUUGGCAGUACUGAAGUGGAGCAGCCAAAGGGAACAGAAGUUGUGAGAGAUGCUGUCAGGAAGCUGAAGUUUGCAAGACACAUCAAGAAAUCUGAAGGCCAGAAGAUUCCUAAAGUUGAAUUGCAAAUAUCAAUUUAUGGAGUGAAAAUUCUCGAACCAAAAACAAAGGAAGUUCAACACAACUGCCAGCUUCAUAGAAUAUCAUUUUGUGCAGAUGAUAAAACCGACAAGAGGAUUUUCACCUUCAUAUGCAAAGAUUCUGAGUCAAACAAACAUUUGUGUUUUGUGUUUGACAGCGAAAAGUGUGCUGAAGAAAUUACAUUAACAAUUGGCCAAGCAUUUGACUUAGCAUACAGGAAAUUUCUAGAAUCUGGAGGAAAAGAUGUGGAAACAAGAAAACAGAUUGCUGGAAUGCAGAAAAGAAGCAGCAGAGGCAGCAGAUGCUGGAUCCAAGACUUAGAAACAGAAAAUAUGGAACUUAAAAAUAAAGUACAAGAUUUAGAAAACCGGUUGAGAACAACUCAAGUGUCCUCGACUCCAGCUGGUGGUGUGACAGUGACUUCUCCUUCCACUGACAUCUUUGACAUGAUUCCAUUUUCCCCAAUAUCACACCCGUCUCCAACCUCUGCUGGCAAUGGCACACAGCUACCACCCAUACCUAGCAGAUCUUCAGAGAUCAAACGGGACCUUUUUGGAGCUGAACCUUUUGACCCAUUUAACUGUGGAGCAGGGGACUUUCCUCCUGAUAUUCAGUCCAAAUUGGAUGAGAUGCAGGAGGGGUUCAAAAUGGGACUAACUCUUGAAGGAACAGUAUUUUGUCUCGACCCAUUAGACAGCAGGUGCUGACAUCACAAAUGAGUGAUCCUGACAUACUUAUUUUGUUUAUAUACAUAUAUAUCAUUCAUUAUUUUAAGACAGCUAUUAUACUUGUGCCAAUAUAUUUUUGAAUAUAUAAAUGUUUUUAGAUUUGUUGAAGUAACAUUCUCCUCAAUUUCACUGUUGAUUUAUCUUUUAUUUUAAACAGGACUCAGUAUAAUGUAUAUUGGACUUUUAUGUUUCCUUCUUUGUUAUUGGUAAAUUUGUAAUUGAAAGGCAAGUUUCAUAAAUGUCUGCCUUAUUUGCAUUUUAAAUUAUCAUUACCUUGACAUUUAAGCUCAUCCUCAGGAUAUUAGUUCAUUAUCAUUGUCCCAAAACGCCAUACCUAGAUAUCUUCCAAAGACCUGAAGAGACAGGCCAAUAUACAUGCUCUAUUUUGACACCAAUAAACAGGCUACCAGUUUUUAGCUGUAUGCUAUUUGUGAUUAAAAAGUUUGCCUCAUUAUGAAAGUCUAAAUUUUAGCUAUUACGCUACCAGCUUACUAAAUUCUAUCUGGUAAAAUAAGAAAAUAGGUUUUAGUAGUAAUCACAUAAACAUAUUUAGAAUAUUGGUAAAUAUAAAAUAAUAUCAGUCAUUCAAGUUAUAUUAUGCAAAUGUUUAAUUUGUCUCAAAAGUAACAAUUGAAAAAUUGCUUCCUUGGAAAACUUAAAAAUUCAUUUCUAAUAUGCACUCUGGGUUAGCCUCUGCUCCAGUAUUUUAAGAAAUGAAGUUUUUGCUUUCUGCAGAUGUAAUGCCUAUUGCCUGUGCUUAUGUAACCAAUAUUCUGCAGUUAUCAUGUGACGUGGCAUUACUCUCACCCAUCUUAUGCAUCAAUGCCACAUUAGUUUUUAUAUCUUAAAAUUUUGGUGGGGUAUUUUACUUAAAUUUAAGAAAAUUCAACAAUUUUAAUUUUUAUUUGCUUUAAGUCAGAAUUUCAUUUUUCCACACAAAACAAAACUCAUCAUCUUCGUCUUGACUAUGAGCAAUAAAACUUUCCAGAACUCAUUCUGAUGUACUAAUGAACCUGUCCUUUGAACGUAUAUGCUUCCAAAAUAUUUCCCCACGAUGUAAAAUACUACCAGUGCAGAAAAAAAAUGACUGUCGAAAGUUCUAAUUUGGUUUAUCACAAAGAAGGAAAAUAAAGUAAUGAAAAUCUGGGCUUAGUUUGUGAGAAUUUUACCAAAACUAAGUAGAUAUGUUUACUGCCGGAGACUUAUGGAAGUGUUACAGGUACCUUUUCAGUAGAAGCAGAACAGAAAUCAAUGGGCUUACACAACUUUCUGUUUGAAUGAUUAUGCUCUAUGACAUACAUGAGCCUUCCUGCUGACGUUCUGUUACACCUGCUAAGUUAAACCUUAAUUAGCAGGUACUGUGUGUUUCAUCAGAAACUCUUUGAAGUUCUUGAUUCUCAACUAGUACUUUGGAAUUUGUAUAAUGAGGAUGUUUAGAGGCCAUCUAUAUGGCUUUUUUAACAGAUAGAAUUUGUAUUUUUCUUGUACUUUUAAAGGCUUUAUGUAAUAGAUAUGUAUUUAGCAAACAUUUAGUAUCAAUUGUAACACGAUAGAAUACUAAGAUGAUAUUUGCACAUUUACUGUAUGUUACUUACCUGUUUUUAAUGGUGAUCUGUUCUGCUACUGGCAUGAUCAAAUAAUACAUAAAAUUGGUCAUUAAUAUGAACAUUUACUUCACCAGUGAAUUUUUAAUGAAGACAUGAUUGGAAAUUUAAUUUCUAUGUAAACUCAACGAUAUGUUUGAUUUUGCUGAAAAUAAAGGAUUUUAAAUAAAUUAAA